AUUAGCUUUCAACUACUUGAAGCCUUUACAGACUUAAAACUGCUAUAAAGACAGUAAAGUGUUUCUGGAGACUGCAGUGUAUUCUCCUUAUUAUAAAAAGAUGGUUCGCAACUUUGUUAGUGCAAUUUUGAUCGUGCAGGAGAUUACUUUCCUAACAGGAAUUAUAAUUAAGGGCACUUCUGAAUCACCUCUAAAGACGUUAUUGAUAAAUUUGAAUUCAUCAGAAAAUUUAAAUCGUAAUUUGAAAAAUACACUAGAACCCGGAUCUAUUAAGUAUGACUCAAUCAAAAACAAUUACUUUUUGAAUUCUAUACAUCACAGGAAUCCAAUCAAAAUUAUAUCUCCUACAAUAGUUACUACUAAUGCAAAAUAUCACACAGCUAAUCUUUCAAAAAAUGUUUUAAGAAGAAAUCUGGUAUUAGAAGGGUUAAAAUUAUCUGAUACUAUUAAACCCAUUUAUGAAACAGAAUAUAAAAAAGAUAUCUAUACACCACUUAUUCAUAAUUUUACUGAUUAUAUUUAUAAUCGACCUUAUUAUGACAAACUAACAUCAUUGAAGGGUGAUUUUAUGACAAUGCCAGCUUAUCAUUCAUCUCAAGAACUAACUAAUGCUGUAUUAUCUUUAGAUAGAUAUCUAAAACCUUUGUUGAACGAAGGAAGUUAUAAUAGCGCUGUUCAUCAACCAAUAAAUCCAGUUUUGGCUUUAGUUCUCUCUCGAUAUGGUAAGUAUAUUGCAGGAAGAUUAAGCCCUGCUAUACAUUCGUACAUGGCAGUAAAUAAUAUUCAUAAUAAUAAACCGUUUGGACAGUACAAAUAUGAAAAUGAUGAUGAUAAUGUGUAUACAAAAUAAAUAUGUAUAGUAACAAAAAAUAAAAUGAAAAUUAAAAAAA